AAACAUGAGCCUGACAAAUAAAGUGGCUAUAGUGACAGGCGGGAGCUCAGGCAUCGGAGCGGCGAUCGCAGUGAAGUUCGUCACAGAAGGAGCCAAAGUAGCUAUUGUCGCACGUAAUGAGAAGAAACUAGCUGAAGUCGCGAAAAAAUGCGAAAUAAACGGCUCCCAACCGCUACUCAUCAUCGCUGACGUCACCAAAGAAAAUGACGCUCAGAGGAUCAUCGAAACCACUCUCAAGAAAUUCGGCAAAUUGAAUAUUUUGGUAAACAAUGCUGGGAUUGGCAGAUCAGGCAGCAUUCUCGACAAAAAUUAUCUGGUAAUUUUUGAUGAAGUCAUUGCUACAAAUCUGCGAUCUAUUGUAUACUUGACGCACCUUGCGGCUCCUAAUAUCAUCGAGACUAAGGGCAACAUCAUCAAUAUAUCCAGUGUUGCAUCUAUGGGUAUCCUUGGUCCAACAUCAAGCAUCUAUAGCACUUCUAAAGCAGGAUUAGACCACUUCACACGAUGCGUGGCUCUCGAAUUGGCACCUAAAGGUGUGCGUGUGAAUAACAUCAACCCGGGGCCAGUGAAGAGUGAUAUACUGUUAAAUGCUGGUUUUGAAUCAGCAGCAGAGGGAAUCAUAUGGGAAGAAGCGAAAAAUAUGACGGCACUAAAGCGAGUGGCAGAUGCGGAUGAAAUAGCUGAUCUCGCUGUGUUCGUAGCCAGUGAUAAAGGGAGGAGUAUCACUGGUGCUUCUCUUGUUACUGAUAAUGGUACACUUCUCCAGUAGAAAAUAUACUUGCCUAUAUAUUCCUGCCUAACCUAAAUAUUUGACAGGUCCAGUUUCUUACAGAAGCGACUGCCUGUUUGACCUUCCAACCCGCGAAGAGAAAACCAGUCCAAUACAAGUUAGGUCACGUAUCUCCGAAAAUGCAUUUUUCGGGAGUGUGGGUUUCCUCACGAUGUUUUCCUUCAUCGCUCAGCACGUGAUAAUCAUUUAUGAUCCAAACAUGAAUUCGGAAACAAAUUCGACAAUCAUUGCUUUAGGCCUGUGGUGGAUUCGAACCUGCGAGCUCAAAGUGAGAGGCAAGCAAGAGAAGAGGCUACCACGGCUCGGUUAUAUAUUCCUGCUCUGUAAACGAAAUUUUCUGUUAUUGUGUUGAUUAAAUGAAAAAUAAAUGAAAGUACUAUUUU